UUGAAAAACAGGACUCAACAGCUCCAUUAAAUACAAACAUAUUGGUUGACUCAGAAAUAUGGCUUCAAAUUUCAUUCAGUACGACUGCUUACCUUUUUACUCACUCCCCUUUGGUUUGCUGUUCGUUUGGCUUUUUCGGUUGGUGUGUUUGUUGUUGUUGUUGUUGUUGUUGUUGUUGUUCCUGUUUAUACAAAGUCAUUACCAGCAGAGCAGGUAGGCCAGAGUGACGUCCUGAGUGUGGUUCCUCACCGUCCAUCGCCCGGUGUUUUAUCUGCCAUGUGACACGGUGAUGUGUUGUGUCUCCGUAGCGUUUGGCUGGUUUUACAGAUAUGAAGGGAAGCUGCCUACUCUGAGAAAGAAAGGGAAGGGGAAGAAGAGCAAGAAGAAGAUGUCGAAGACGGACACCCUGCAGGAGCAGAGGAAGAACAAGAAGGAGAUGGAGUUCGAGCUGAAGCUCGCCCGGGAGAAGGAGGAGAUGUACGAACGGGAGAAGCAGCUGAAGAUCAACAGGCUGGUGCAGGAGGUGUCGGAGACGGAGCGGGAGGAUCUGGAGGAGUCGGAGAAGGUGCAGCACUGGGUGGAGCGACUCUGUCAGACCCGCCUGGAACAGAUCUCCUGUGUGGAGAACGAUGACACGCCCGAGGUACCCAUUCUUAAAGGAGCAUGUUCCCUCUGUCUGUGGGCCCCGCUCUUAAGGGGGCAUGCUCCCUCUGUCUUCUCUGAGGUACCAGCUCUUAAAGGGGCAAGCUCCCUCUGUCUUCUCUGAGGUACCCGUGGGCCCAGCUCUUAAAGGAACAUGCUCCCUCUGUGUUCUGUGUGGUACCCGUCGGCAUGCUCCCUCUGUCUUCUUUGAGGUACCCGUGGGCCCCGCUCUGAAAAGGGCAUGCUCCCUCCGUCUUCUGUGAGGUACCCAUGGGCCACACUCUUAAAGGGGCAUGCUCCCUCUGUCUUCUCUGAGGUACCUGUG